CACACACACACUCUCUGAGAUCAUUCAACUAUUCGAAAAUUUUAGCUUCAUCUCUCUGUUUGAAUUGCUGCCCCAAAAAAUGCCUCUAUCGCUCCGUCUCGCUCCCUCUCCGACGGCUUUAGCUCCGGGGACCGGCGGAUUCGGUCCAUCGAGGAAACAGUGCCGGAUCCCUUACUCCGGCGUGGCGGCGACGAGGAUUGGUCUGUGCUCAUUGGAUAAUGGGAAACGAGGAGAUUCCUCUGUUGUGGUGAGGUGUAGCUUAGAAACGGUGAAUGUUAGUGUUGGGCAAGUUACGGAGGUCGAUAAGGACACCUUCUGGCCCAUCGUUAAUGCCGCCGGUGAAAAGAUUGUCGUACUCGACAUGUACACUCAAUGGUGUGGUCCAUGUAAAGUGAUUGCUCCUAAAUACAAAGCUCUAUCAGAGAAGUACGAUGACGUUGUGUUUCUAAAGCUUGACUGCAAUCCUGAUAACCGGCCGUUGGCAAAGGAGCUAGGUAUAAGAGUGGUUCCAACUUUCAAGAUAUUGAAGGACAACAAGGUCGUCAAGGAAGUGACCGGUGCCAAAUAUGAUGAUCUGGUUGCAGCCAUUGAAACAGCCAGGUCGUCUGCUGCUUCCGGAUGAACUCAUCUCUAUCAUCAUCUAUUUUUACCAUAAUUGGUUGGUUGUACGUAAUGUAAAAUCUUGUGUUAUCCCUAUAGGUCAGCAAAUGAUUAUGUGUAAAUGUUUCAAGAAAUAUGAUCAAGCAAAAGGUUAUGUUUAUCUAUCAUAUAUAUAUAUUUAGAUUUCAGUUGA